AUGGUGCGCUGCGAAGCGCGGGGAGGAAGGCUCUGCUUGCUGUUGGCGGCGGCGGCGGUGGGUUUGACACUGCUUCAGUUGGGCUUGAAGAGGCACUCUGAGCUCAACCUCCGCGUGGAUUGGCUGAUGCCUGCGAUGCCUUCGUUUGUGGUGCAACACCUCGAAGCUUUGGGCAACCGCCAGUCACCCCCAGAAAGCCAGGUCUCGCCAAACCGGCCCGACGCGGACGCUGCAGGUGCCGCGCCCACGCCCAUGCGUUCCUCUGCGGGGACGUCGACCUCCGCGUCCACGUCCGCGGCGACCGCGUCGGCGACGUCGACGUCGACGUCCGCGAGCAGCGCGGCACGUGGGGAGACCACGUGGACCUCCACCGGAGGUGGACUUCCUGCGCCGCCGGAAGGCCUCCGCGUGGCGUCCGGCGCACCGGCGGCGUCCCCGUUCCGGGUGCAGGACCAUGAGCCCUCAUCUCAAGAGUUUGCGCCGGUCUUUGUGGAAGAGCAGUUGAUGGCUCGGAAGGACUUUCGCAUUUUCGAGUUGCAGACCUUCAACUUGACGGUGGACGACCCCGAGAAAGCCGUGUUCUAUCUGGUCUGUUGCGGGCCCUUGGCGCGGAUCUUGAGCUUGCCACCCCGGUCCCCCGAAAGGCCCUAUCUCUGCUACGACUGUGAUGCCAUCCUGGGCUUCAACCAGCUGGCGGCCGAUGAGUGUCUGAAGGGCGCUCGUUGCCCGGCGGAGCUGUUGUCCUUGCUGGCACGGCGAGACUUCAUGUUCUCCUCGACCGACCUGCGCUGGUGGAACGUGAAGAAUGACUCGGCCCUGUUGAUGCCGGGAGUGACGCACGCGCAUCCCAAACCUACGCCCGAGUUCUUGAAGAAGGUGAAGGUGACGCCCGCGAGUCCGCCGAGCUACUUCCUGACCUUCCAGGGCACGCGGAACGUGGGCAUGGAAGGCAGCUCCUUUGUGAGGCUGAACCUGGAAGCAAUGCUGAACUGUUCCAAGAAGCCACCCAAAGGAAUGCGAGGACCGAAGGGCGAGUGGUAUCCGCUGCCAGAGAAGAACUACACGCCGCCGGAGGAUGUCUUCAUCGCCAUUGGCCCGGAGGGGCUCUGGAAAGAACGGAGGCCCUACUGGCAGCUCUUCGAUUCAGCCUAUAGCCUGGUGCUUCAUGGCCAUGGCCGCUGGAGUUAUCGGCUCAUGGAGGCCUUGAACGGAGAAGCCAUCCCUGUGGUGAUGGCGGAAGGCUGGACGCUGCCCUUUGACGAGCUCAUCGACUGGGAGCAGAUCGCCGUGCAAAGGCCGGAGGCGCUGGGCUCCGACCCCGCGGCGCUGCUGGCCUCGCUGGAGCCGAGGAAAGAGGUCAUCGCGCAGACCCGGCAGAACGUGAAGGAAGUCUACCAGAAGCUUUUGGAGACGCAAGAGGCGCGGCUCACGUCGCUCCUGCGCUCGGCGGCCCUGUGGAAGCGCCAGUGGCAAGAGAAGGAGCUCUCUUCGCUUCGGAUGCUGGUGGAAGAGAUGCAGAAGAGAGGACAAAAAGAGUCCCUGGGAGUGAGUCUUGGGCAAAUCACUGACUAUUACAAGGAGUUGGUGAAAGGCAACGAUGGGGCGGCCGUGUCACGAGAAGAGUUCUGCGAGUGGAUCCUCAAAGGGGGUGGCAUCGCUGAGACCGUGUUCAAGGCUCUCAUGAAGGAAACCAGCGACGUGCUCGCCACCAGUGUGAGAGAGGUGUUCGCGCGGUUCGACGUCAGUGGAGAUGGGAAGCUGGACAUGAGGGAGCUAUGGAGGGUCUUCAAGAGCUUGGACGGACGCCUCCGGCUCCGAGACCUGGCGGCUCUCAGCCAGGAACUGGACACUGGAGGUGAUGGCACUGUCUCCGUGAGGGAGUUUCUCCAGUGGCUGCGGCACGGCUCCGAACGCGCGUCGGCCCUGGCACGUGUGAUUGUCAAAGAAACAGGGAAAGCGCGUGAAGUCCGAAUCCGCAAUGCCUUCCAGAAAUACGACGCCACGGGAGAUGGGGUCUUAGAUAUCGAAGAGUUGGCCACCACGCUCAAGGUCUUGGGGAGCUUUUCCUCCGAUGAGAUCAAGCAUGUCCGCGCCGACCUGGACCGCAGUGGCGAUGGUAGCGUGAGCUUUGACGAGUUCUCCACGUGGAUCAAGUGCGGGAAGGGCCGUCGCGAGGUGCUGAAGGCCAAAGCAAUCUUGGCACCCUCAGAUGGCGAUGGGAUGGAGGCUGUCUUCUACAACUUCUGUGGUCCUGGCCAUGCAGACAUGAACGGAAUGAACUUCACCAGGUUUUGCAAGGACUGCGGCCUUUUGGAUGGUCCGAUGGACAGCGUCAUGGCGGACUUGAUCUUCUCAGACACCCGCGUGAAGGACCACGCGGCUCGAACCAUCGAUCCGCUCCAGUUCGAGUUCGCGUUGGAGAUCCUUGCUGAGAAGAAGCACUUAAAGCUGGCAGAGCUUCGGGCGAAGGUGCUCUUGCAGGGUGCGCCCAAGAAGCUCAUGGCUCACCACGAGGAUCAUCACCCGGAGGGCAAGCAGAGGCGGAACAGCUUCUCGGGCUUGGAUGAGACGCAGCUGCGCUCAGGUUACAAGAAGCCUCCGCGCUGCAGCAGCCAGAAACGCAUCGCCGCGCUCCUGAAGAGGUUCGCGCCGGUGGUGGUUCCGAGGGGCGGCAGGCGGUGGGGCUAA